AUGCAUAUUUGGGCUGGCUCGGGUUCGGCCAGUGGGAAGGAGACUGUUAGACGAAGAGAGAGAACUCCUAUAAAGACUGGCACAAUCCUCAAGAAGAGAAAGAGUAGUGCUAAAAUUGGGUCGGGAAUGGAUAGUUCGAGUUCCAGUGAGGAUAUUGGGAAAUCAAGUCCUGGUCCGAGUCCUAGAAGAGACUCGGGAGUAGACUCUGUUACAGCGUCUGAAACUGAUUCUGAUGAGUCGAUUGUUACUGUUGUUAGUGUUCCAACUUAUGAUGUUGAGGAAGAUAUGGUUUUGCCUUUGAAUAUUGGGUCGCUCGAUGGUGAGGGAGAUUUCAUUACGAUUGGGAAGAUUGAAAGUGGUUUGAAGAUGUUGCGGGAAGAGAAGAUGAACAAGAAUCUUCAAAAUGAGUUGGAACAAUCAUCUACCCCGAGUAAGGUUAUUUGGAAUGGCAUUACGCCAUUAGAUAUGGAUGAUUCAAACGGAGAGGACGAAGAUGAAAUUUCUCCGUCAUUAAGAGGUCUCAGUCGUAUUAUGGCGAGUAAUUAUAGGAUGUUUCGAACAAGUAGGGGGGAGGAAGAUCGAAUGAAAGAUUCGGAUAAUAAUGUAUUUGCCAAGAAGGAAUCCGUGGGUUCUAAACAUAGCAUUCCAACGGGUUUACCAACAACAUCAGACGUCGUCGACAUGCCUGCCGAAGAUACACAAGCUGUUUGGCAUGAAUAUGCGUUUGCUGGAGGCAAAAACGAGCCGGAUUCUCAUAUCGCAUCGAUUGCUAGCUGUGAUAAUAUCAAUAGUUCUGAGAGCGAAAAUGAGCUUGAACGACUUUUCAGGGUGGAUUCGAUGCAUACUCCGGAACCUGAAAUUUCAGAUGGGUAUCUGUCUUAUGACGUUUCCACUCCUAUUAACAUUAAAGAAUUCGCUUUCGAUUCCAGAUAUGAAAAUAAGCCGGCAUGUUACUCUGAUAUGGAGUGCAUACAAGAUUCUGAAACCGAGAAGGAGGAUAAAUAUCCUGAUAUAAAGUUUACUCAUAAAAUCAAUAUCGAUUUGAAUCUCGAAGAAGAGAAAGAGCCGGAAAAAAUCGGCAAAAGUGCACACGAACUACUCUGGGAUGAGAUAUCGAAAUCUGUUGAUAAAGCUCUCGAUACAACGCAAGAGAAUAGACGCAGAGAGAGUAUCCGAGGGUUUUCUCUCAAAGUGCCUCAUUUGAUUCAUGAGGCUAAGCAGGGUCUUUAUCGCUCGCCUUCUCCUACUCGUUCUAGCAAAAGGAAUGAGAUAGUUGGGGAGGUGAGUUCGCUGAAAGAGGUAGAGUUUUGUGCGAGUGGACUUAAGGAUCGUGGUUUAGGAGAAGGUGGUCUGGUGACAACUAGUGAGGGAGUAGGCGGGGAUUACUCGGCUCAAAUCCAGGAGAAGGAUGAUCGUGCGAUUAGGAUAGAGGGGGUUUCGAGUAAUCUUGGAAGUCCGGUCUCAUUAUCUUUUAUGGGAAGGGGGGAAAGAGAACAUACUGAGGCUGGGUUCGAAAAAGACGAGGAUGAUUCGUGUGUAAGCGUUGGUGUGGAUGGUGAAAACUGCACAUUGUCAGAUUCUCCAUGUCGACAAGUUAAAAUAAGUAUUCCUGGGGAUGAGAAUGAUGGGGCCUUUUCAGAUUUCAAGGGAACUCGUGAAGACUCAGUUGAACGCGAGAAUGAACGCGAUAUUGCGAAUUCCGAGCGCUUUUCGCCUGUGCAUCAGAGGGUUAUACAGUUAAUGACACCGAAGCAUGGUCGUUAUCACACUGUUAGAGAAAAGGGUGGGAAAACCCCAGCGAGUUACCGGAUGUUUGAAUCGCAGAUAAAUGAGAAGAAUGCAUCGCAGGAACUGGGGAGUAUUGCUAUGGAGAGAAAAGCUUCGCAAUAUCCUGCGAAAGAGAGAGCAUUCUCACAACCUUGUCGGGCGAAUGAUAUGACUUGGUUUCAUCAAUCUUCGCCUGCUUCGUUUAGAGUCGAUGAUUCUAAGGAUUCUGACGUCAAUGGAUCGGAGGAAUGGUUCCUGGAAAAAGAAGCAUGUAGUGAGAUUGAAGAGGAGAUGGAAAAAUUCUGGAAAGUCAAUUCGAAGGGAUUGAUGGCGCGUUUUGGGAAGAUGAUGGGGCAUAUUGAUACAGAAAGUGAGAUUGGAGAAGGGGAAGAAAAUAAACUUCCGGUGAAGAUGAUAGAUUUGGGAUCGUCGGAAUUCACGAAGGAUGAGAAUGAGAGGGUUUCGAAGGAUAGUUCGCGGGUUAAGUUUCGUGAUGCUCCUACCAUCAUACGACGUUCGAUGCCUCAAUGGGAUGGCCCUAGUUCGCCACCGUUACUAGCGGCGGAGUCUCCGGCUGGAAGUGCUCGCUCCCCAUCUCCUCGAAAGAGACUACAAAAGGUUUAA